CGUAGGCGAGCGAGCAAGAUGGCUGCCUCCGCGGUGGCGGGCGCCGUGAGAGGCGCUUCAGGAAUCUUACGGUCUUUAAAUGUUUUGGCAUUUUCAGCCUAUCGAAACUGUGCCAAGAAUGCCUGUUUUAAUUCUGCACUGUCAACCAGGCAUUUUAGUCAUAUUCAGACACCAGUUGUUUCCUGUGUUCCUGGACUUGUCUCAUCUGUCAGAAACCUGACAUGUGGGCAUUCUACAAUGAUCCUUAAUAGAGUGGUCCCCUUCACUCCCAGUGCCCUGAAACUACCAGCCAGAACUGUAACAUACUUCAGUUCACGAAAAGGAAAGAGAAAGACUGUAAAAGCUGUAGUCUAUCGGUUUCUUCGACUUCAUUCUGGCCUUUGGCUAAGGAGAAAGGCAGGUUAUAAGAAAAAAUUAUGGAAAAAGACAACUGCAAGAAAAAGACGCUUGAGAGAAUUUGUGUUCUGCAAUAAAACCCAGAGUAAACUCUUAGAUAAAAUGACAACAUCUUUCUGGAAGAGGCGAAACUGGUACGUUGAUGAUCCUUAUCUGAAGUAUCAUGAUCGAACAAACCUGAAAGUAUAGACUAGAAGUGUGAUAAUUUCCCAGUUAUUGAAUGUGCAUCUUUGAAGAUAUGAUGUCCUUGCAAAAAUGAAUGUAUAGAAUCUAAUGUAAGUUGUAUAAACCGAUAUGUAAACCUAUAAUACCAACAUUAAACUUAAGAAAGUAUUAAAACUUAAUGGAUUAAACAUCCCCAGAUUUGGUCAGGGAA